ACAGCACCACACUCCACCACACAGCAUGGCCGUCCUCAUCGCCACGCUACUGCUAUCGCUGCUGGCCGUCGGCAUGUCGUCGCCUCUGCAGAUCAGAAGCACCGCCGCCGCCGUCGACGGCGGUGAUACCGACAUCGCCGCGCUGCUCGCUUUCAAAGCCCAGCUAUCCGACCCUCUUGGCGUCCUUCGCGCCAACUGGACUGCUAACACCUCCUUCUGCGACUGGUUGGGUGUCUCAUGCAGCCGCCGCCGCCGCCUGCGCGUCACCGGCCUUUUGCUGAACGAUGUCUCUCUCCAAGGACGCAUCUCCCCUCACCUCGGUAAUCUCUCUUUCCUUUCCAUGAUCAACCUCACCAGCACGGAGCUCACGGGUUCCAUCCCAGUUGACCUUGGGAGGUUACAUCACCUCAAAUUUCUUGCACUCGGUAACAACACUUUGUCUGGCACCAUACCAUCUGCGUUAGGGAACCUCACAAGGCUCGAGUUCAUGAAUCUGUGGAGCAACCAUAUCUCAGGACAGAUCCCCAAAGAACUACAGAAUUUGAGCAACCUCAAACAUAUUGACCUUCUGGGGAAUUACUUAACCGGGCCCAUUCCGAAUGAUCAGUUCAACAACACACCUCUCCUGAGAUAUAUGAGGUUUGGGAACAAUAGUUUUUCAGGAACGAUCCCGCAUUCCAUUGGUUACUUGCCCAUGCUCCAAUUCCUGGUCCUCCAACAUAACCACUUCUCUGGCCCUAUGCCUCCAGGGAUUUUCAACAUGUCCAGGCUCGAGUACAUGUAUCUUAGAGGAAAUAACAUAACUGGCACAAUCCCUGGCAGUAACAACAGCUUUAUCCUUCCCAUGUUACAAUUGAUCUCCCUCUCCCAGAACAGGUUCUCAGGUGAGAUCCCAUUAGGGCUUUCGGAAUGCCGAUAUCUACAGGUACUUUCCCUAUCAGGAAAUUUUUUCGAGGGACCAGUGCCAGCAUGGUUAGGCAAAAUUUCAAACCUGCGUAUCAUCUAUUUAGGUUUCAAUAAAUUGGAAGGACCUAUCCCAAGUGCUCUUGGCAAUCUCACUAAUCUUAUGGGACUGGAUAUUUCAGCUUGCAUGCUAACAGGACAGGUUCCACCUGAACUCGGAGGGGCGAGGCAAAUCAGUGAACUGUAUCUCAACGAUAAUCAAUUGACAGGAACCUUCCCAGCUUUUAUUGCUAAUUUGUCAGAACUGUCCUACCUCCUGUUGCUUAAUAACAAUUUCACUGGGUUGGUACCAAUGUCUCUUGGUAAUGCUGGAGCUUUUCAGUUUCUUAAUGUUGCAGGAAACCACAUACAAGGGGGUCUCAACUUCUUAGCCUCUCUUUCCAAUUGUAGACUACUCCAGUUUCUGGACCUCUCCAAUAAUCGCUUCACUGGUGGCCUCCCUGAACACGUAGGAAACCUCUCCAGUCAGCUGCAAUAUUUCCUUGCCCGUCAAAAUGAGUUGACUGGUGAACUUCCUGCUUCGCUGUCGAAUUUGAGCAUCCUUAAUUUGCUAGACGUAUCAGAAAACCAAUUGAGUAGCCCAAUCCCAGAAUCAAUGAUGAUGAUGAACAAGCUCCAACAUCUUAUCCUCUCAAGAAAUGGCAUAUUUGGCCCCAUCCCAGAUCAGAUUUCUAUGCUGUAUAACCUAGAGAGGCUAGACCUGGACAGCAACAGCUUGUCCCAUGGCAUACCUGAUGGCAUUGGAAACCUGACCAAGUUAAGAUACCUUUCCGUAUCUCAAAACAAGAUAUCAUCAACCAUACCAGGAAGUGUAUUUCAGCUUGCCAGCCUGAUAUCCCUUGAUCUGUCUCAAAACUCACUGGAAGGUGAAUUACCGGCAUAUAUAGGCCAGUUGAAACAAAUUUACUGGAUAGAUCUUUCAAAUAAUCUUCUGGUUGGUAGGCUUCCUACAUCACUUGGACAGCUUCAAACUGUAGCCUAUCUGAACCUGUCACAUAACUCACUCAAUGACUCAUUCCCGGAUACUUUGGACAUGUUAGCCAGCUUGGUAUCACUAGAUCUGUCAUACAAUGAUCUGUCCGGUACAAUCCCACAAUACUUGGCCAAUUUCACAUAUCUCAGAAGCUUGAACCUUUCUUUCAAUAAACUUCAUGGACCAGUACCAGAAGGAGGUAUCUUUGUAAACAUCAGCCUACAAUCUUUGGUGGGGAACAUGGCUCUCUGUGGUGGAGUUUCACGACUGAGGCUUUCACCAUGUAAUAGCAGUCAGAGCUCCACCAAACGAUAUCGUAUUUUAAGGUUUUUGCUCCCUACUGUCCUCAUAGUAGUUGGAGCUGUCACAAUCGGUGUGUACCUGAUGGUAAGGAAGAAAGUCAAGAAGCAGGAAGGGAGGGUCGGUUCUCCUGACAUUGUCGGCACCCUCAACCAUACCGUAGUUUCGUAUUAUGAGAUCAUUCGGGCCACGGAUAAUUUCAGUCAGAUGAACCUGUUGGGCGCUGGAAGCUUUGGAAAAGUUUACAAGGGCCAACUACGCAACGGCAUGGUGAUCGCCGUAAAAGUUUUAAACAUGCAGCUGGAACAAGCAGUGAGAAGCUUUGACUCCGAGUGUCGUGUUAUGCGCAUGGCUCGACAUCGCAACUUGAUAAAAGUACUUGGCACAUGCUCAAAUCUGGACUUCAAAGCUUUAUUGCUUCAGUACAUGCCUAAUGGAAACUUAGAAACACACCUACACACUGAUGGUAGAGUGCAUCUGGGAUACCGUCAGAGGUUAGACACUAUGUUGGAUGUGUCCAUGGCAAUGGAGUACCUACACUAUCAUCACUUUGAGGUAGUCCUGCAUUGUGACUUGAAGCCCAGCAAUGUUCUAUUCGAUGAAAACAUGGUAGCACAUGUGGCAGACUUCGGAAUUGCAAAAUUGUUGCAUGGAGAUGACUACUCCAUGGUUUCUGCAAGCAUGCCUGGGACAAUUGGGUACAUGGCACCAGAGUAUGGAUCAGUUGGAAGGGCAUCAAGAGGAAGUGACGCAUUCAGCUACGGGAUCAUGCUUCUUGAAGUAUUCACAGGAAAGAAGCCCACAGACCCUAUGUUUGUCGGAGAACUAACCCUUAGGAACUGGGUUAAUCAAGCAUUCCCAACAAAUUUAAUCGAUAUUGUGGAUGACUGGCUACAACAAGAUGCUAUUAAUUCUUUGAAGAACUUUCUAGUGCCAAUAUUCGAGAUUGGUUUACGCUGCUCAAAUGACAUGCCAGACCAAAGAAUGACGAUGAGUGAUGUGGUUGUGAGAUUGACCAAGAUCAAGGAGGACUACAUGCAGAGUUUAACAUAAAAUGAUGUAGUGCUCCAAGUUGGAUACUUUGAUAGAAAUGCUUGCAUCUUGGCCAAAUAAAUUUGCCUCAUCUGUGAUUUAUUGUUCUAUGAUAGGUAUCUCAAGAAUCUUCUGAUGAAUCCUACCUUGGUUGCUGGUUUA